CCAGUUGACUACCGCUGUAGUACUCAGUCUGUCCCACUGAGCUGUCAACACGGCAACCUUCCACUUUGCGCGUCUACCGCGACAACAUUUUACCAUUAAACGUAGCCCGUACUCCUUUUCAACGACGUUUUCCUUCAGAUAACAGGAGCCCUCUUCUCAUUAUGACUCGGAGGUGAUCUUCAGCGUGUCCAGGUGGUUCUGGGGUUCCAGGUUGGUGUGGUGAGAGAACAAGCUAACUGUGGGGAGAAGAACCGCCUGGGGCAUACCGUCCCUGGCUCUCAAGUGACUAAGGAAGGGGCUUGGCAAACUGUUCUGCAGCAUGGAGAAAGAUGACCUGAAGAUCCUCAAUAAGGGGGAAGAGGAGGAGUUGGAGCUGCAGGGCUACCGUCUGUGUCGUUGGCGACUGGCCCUGGUGGGCCUUGGGGUACUGUCUACAGGGGGCUUCCUCCUCCUGCUUCUCUAUUGGAUGCCAGAAUGGUGCGUCAAGUCUACCUGCACCCGUACCACAGCCCGUGAUGCCGAAGUGGUGUUGAUGCGCUCCACGGAUGAGUUCCGUCGCUGGUUCCUGGCCAGGGUACGAGUGAUGCUGGCCCCGGGGAGCAACCCCUUCCACAGCCUGGAUACCCAGACCACCUCCCCUUCCUCUCCCUGCUGCCCCUUCCCCUCCCCUGCCUCCCCUCCUCUGGCCAACGGACACACCCCUCACCCCUCCGAUGGCAGCCCCGCUCAGGAGCUCAUCAGAAGAUAUGCUGACUACCAGCCCACACAGAUUCGCUAUUUUACCUUCCAUAGUGCAAAGUAUUACUGGAACGACGAAGUGCAGAACUUUGAGGUUUUAAACGGCCUGGAGGAUCUGCAUGUCAACUGCUCCACCCUUCACUCAGAGCACAGCACAGGCCUGACCAGGAACCAGCAGGAGUACAGGAGACUGUUCUUCGGAGUGAAUGAAAUUGCAGUGAAAGUGCCUUCUGUUUUCAAGCUGCUUAUCAAAGAGGUCCUCAACCCUUUCUACAUCUUCCAGCUUUUCAGUGUGAUCCUGUGGAGUGCCGAUGAGUAUUACUACUAUGCUGUGGCCAUUGUUUUCAUGUCAGUCAUAUCCAUAGCUACCUCUCUGUACACCAUCAAAAAGCAAUACGUCAUGCUUCACGACAUGGUGGCAGCUCACAGUAUUGUCCGUGUGUCUGUAUGCCGAGCCAAUAAUGAUAUCGAAGAGAUUUUGUCUACUGAUCUGGUGCCCGGUGAUGUGAUAGUUAUUCCCAGCAAUGGGACCAUCAUGCCAUGUGAUGCUGUGCUGGUCAGUGGCACCUGCAUUGUCAAUGAGAGCAUGCUUACAGGUGAGAGCGUUCCUGUGACUAAAACCAACCUCCCAAACCCAAUGCCAGGUGAAAGGGUGGCUGAUGUUGAUAUUGCCUACAACACAGAAGAACAUAAGAGACACACGCUCUUCUGUGGUACCAAUGUCAUCCAAACGCGCUUCUACACAGGCGAAUUGGUCAAAGCUGUAGUGGUCCGUACAGGUUUCUGCACAGCCAAAGGCCAGCUGGUUCGCUCCAUCCUCUAUCCCAAACCCACUGACUUCAAGCUGUACCGUGAUGCCUACCUCUUCCUGUUGUGUCUAGUAGCUGUGGCAGGAAUCGGCUUUGUAUACUCCAUUGUCCUCAGUAUCAUGAACAAGGUGCCAGCUAAGACCAUCAUUAUUGAGUCUUUGGACAUCAUCACUAUCACUGUGCCACCAGCGCUGCCAGCUGCCAUGACAGCUGGCAUUGUGUAUGCCCAGCGACGCCUGAAACGCAUUGGCAUUUUCUGCAUCAGCCCACAAAGGAUCAAUAUUUGUGGGCAGAUCAAUCUGGUUUGCUUUGACAAAACUGGAACAUUAACAGAAGAUGGAUUAGACCUGUGGGGAGUCCAGAGAGUUGAGAAUGGCAGUUUCCACCUGUCAGAAGAAAACGCCUACAAAGAGAAUCUUGUCAAAUCCCAGUUUGUGGCUUGCAUGGCCACCUGCCACUCUCUUACCAAAAUAGAAGGCCAGCUGUCUGGAGAUCCGCUGGACCUAAAAAUGUUUGAGGCUACAGGCUGGAGCCUGGAGGAGGCCACUGAAGAGGAAACCUCUCUCCACAAUCGUAUCAUGCCCACUGUGGUUAAACCCCCAAAGCAACUGUUGCCCCCAGAGCCCGCCGUAUCACCAGAACAGGACAUGGAACUCUAUGAGCUCUCGUCAGCAUAUGAGAUUGGUAUUGUGCGCCAGUUUCCCUUCUCCUCAGCCCUUCAAAGGAUGAGUGUGGUUGCUCGUUUACUAGGGGAGAAACGUAUGGAUGCCUACACGAAGGGGGCACCAGAAGUGGUGGCUAGCCUCUGCAAGAAAGAGACAGUGCCAGAAAACUUUGCAGAGGUUUUGGAAGGCUACACCAAGCAGGGUUUCAGAGUCAUUGCCCUUGCUCAUCGUCGACUUGAGUCCAAGCUCACCUGGCACAAGGUCCAGAACAUCAGCAGGGAUCACAUAGAGGCAAACAUGGAGUUCCUGGGUCUUAUCAUCAUGCAGAACAAGCUAAAAGCAGAAACCCCAGGAGUGCUGCAGGACCUUCAUCGAGCCAACAUCCGCACUGUCAUGGUUACUGGUGACAACAUGCUGACUGCUAUCUCUGUGGCCCGGGACUGUGGCAUGAUCCCCCCUCAGGACACGGUCAUCAUUGCUGAUGCUGUCCCUCCCCAUGAUGGAAAAGCCGCCAAGAUCACCUGGAGAUACGCUGACAAACCUAGCAAGACGUCUCGCCUCGAGGAAGUGAAUAUAAGCCUGGAAGAUGUGUGUCACGUAGAAGAGCCCAAGACACAAGAGAUGUACCACUUUGCUAUGAAUGGAAAAUCAUUUGCUGUAAUUGCUGAGCAUUUCCCCGAUAUGCUUCAAAAGCUCGUGCUGCAUGGGACUGUGUUUGCCAGGAUGGCACCCGACCAGAAAACCCAGCUCAUUGAGGCACUGCAGGGAGUAGACUACUUUGUGGGGAUGUGUGGAGAUGGCGCAAACGACUGUGGGGCACUGAAGAGAGCUCAUGGUGGAAUCUCCCUGUCCGAGCUUGAAGCUUCAGUAGCCUCCCCCUUCACCUCAAGGACUCCCAACAUAUCCUGCGUUCCCAGCCUCAUCAGGGAGGGCCGUGCUGCUCUUAUCACUUCCUUCUGCGUGUUCAAGUUUAUGGCCCUCUACAGCAUCAUUCAAUACAUCAGCGUCACUCUCCUCUAUUCUAUACUCAGUAACCUAGGAGACUUCCAGUUCCUCUUCAUUGACAUUGCCAUCAUCCUCCUUAUUGUCUUUACCAUGAGUCUGAACCCAGCAUGGAAAGAACUGGUGUCACGUCGUCCCCCGUCAGGUCUGAUCUCAGGACCUCUGCUGUGUUCUGUGCUGACCCAGAUCCUCAUCUGCUUGGGCUUCCAGACAAUAACAUUCCUUUGGGUCCGACAGCAGCCCUGGUACACAGUCUGGAACCCGCUUACAGAUGUCUGCAACCUCACAUUACACAAUAAUGUGUCCGACCUCAACAACACAGAAAUUGACGACCACAACAUUCAAAACUACGAGAACACCAGCCUCUUCUAUGUCUCCUCUUUCCAGUACCUCAUUGUUGCCAUUGUUUUCUCCAAGGGCAAACCUUUCAGGCAGCCCAGCUACAAGAAUUGGCCUUUUGUGCUGUCUGCUGUGAGCUUGUAUUUUUUCCUGCUAUUCAUCUUGUUCCACCCUGUUGAAAAAAUCGACGAGUUUUUAGAGAUUGUUUGUGUCCCAUUUGAAUGGAGGGUAAAACUUUUCCUCAUCAUUUUAGUCAAUGCCUUGGUGUCUAUUUUGGUUGAGACCUUCAUCCUUGACAUCGUCUUAUGGAAGCUUGUGUUCAGCCGAGACAAACAGGGCAACUUUGGCGUCACCCCUGCUGCCCCGACACCACAGGGGGGUAUUGACCUGCGGGCGCACAAGUGUCUGUCCCGGCUGUGCUGCUCAAGCAAGAUGACACCCAAGGCUCGCUACAUGCAUCUGGCGCAGGAGCUCAGCGUGGACCCCGACUGGCCUCCAAAGCCAACGACCACCAUUGAAGCCAAGCCCAGCCCAGAAAAUGGCUCCACCUAUCGGAUCAUAGUCAGCUCCUAGCGACUCCCCCCCCCCUCCAUCUUUUCCAAUUUUCCACCUGUUAUACAGGAAACAUGCAUACAAGGUGUGUUUAGUAAAUGCACAGUCACUUGAUUUAAAUGAAACUGACACAUGAGAAUUUGGUUUCUUUACCGUUCUUGCAUCUAAUACUGCAGCAAAAACCAUAUGAUAGCACACAAGUACCAAAUACAGUUACGUUUUAGUCCUCAGUAUUCUUGCUGUCACUCGCUCACCCGCUCUCAGGUCUCUCUUGCUUGUUGUUAAACAGAGUUUAAGAAUUCUGUGUGUUGAAUUAUAAUCUCAUACUUUAUUGCCAUUUCUAUUACCAAAGUUGAGCAGCAUUCAACAUAGGCUGCAAGGAAUAUGGAUUAACCCAGUAACACUUGUGCACUGACCGCUUCAGAUUGAGAUGCAGUGCAGGUUCAAUGGCCUCAAACUGUGUUGAGGUGGAGAGUGUAAAAGAGCCCAAGUCCAACUAAAUGUUGUGUCAGGCAAAUUAGGCAGGGUGUUUAAUGCUACCCAUAGUUAUUUUUCUAUACCUGACAUAAAAGUCUUCAGAUUUUAUUUUCACAAUACUAUAUUUGGAUUCAAAUAGUCUGUGCAAGGCUUCAGAGAGCCUUGGUACAGAUAUUGGUAAAGUAAAGAUUUUAGCCUUGAAGAAAGUUGCACUCUGGUCCUCUGAAGUACAUCUCUUUCUGUGCAUUUAGACAAUGACCAUAUUUUGUAUGGUUUGGAAAUUACAACAUGAGUCUGAAAACAAAGCUUGUAGACCUGCCUAAAAGUAACAUGGUCUGUGUGAAAAUCAGCUUUCUGACAUUUUUAUUGGAAUUGUUGAAAAUAUGAGAAAUUACUUGAAGAGUAAAUCAUAAAAUAUGAUCACAGAUGGAUGAUUAACUAAAUGGUUAACCCCAAAAACACAUGCAAGAUUGCGUCUUUCAUUUCUGGUCAAAACUUUCAUAUACAGGCAAGACAUGAAAAAGUAAAAGGUGCAAAGCUGUUCUUGUGUACAGGCAUCGGCAGACUGAUAAGUGUGGCGAAUUGUGUUUUUUUUUUUUAAAGAUAUGAUAAUGUAAAAAAAUAAAUAAAUAAUAAAUUAACAAAAGGACAAAUGUCCCGUAGGCUCCAUAACCAUACUAGUGGUUGGGCUCUGUUAGUCCAGAGUAUAGAAUAUCUGCUGUGUAGCCAUGAGACAGGAUACUUCUGAAACUAUUGACUGAAUUCUCAUUAACUUCAACAUUAUUGUCCUCCCUGCAGCAUAUUAAAUGUUUUCAUGUCACCUCAUCAUAUGAUAUGUGCUAAUAAGUAUGACUGGGAGUAUGACAACAUGACCUUUCUUAUGGCACUUCCCUCUCAUUACCCUAGUAAUGGUAAAAAUCUAUGAAUAGUAAACCUGUCUUAACUUUUCAUCAUUGGAAAAUUAUGUUUACCAGUGUGCAAUGAGCAUUUAUCAUUCAUGGGCUGCUAGUGUGGCUACAAACCUUCAGUCUUGUGAUUGCAUCUAUCAGCCAUGUCCUGUCGGCAGAAAACAUACAGAGAAUUGCAUGAAGCCAGCUUUCAAUCAUUACGUUCUGUACACUUGAUGGUUGUAAUACUAAUAUACAGCAUUACUAUAUAAUUAAGAAACACUUACGUUCAAGUGUCUGUAUUUCAAAAAACAAUAAUCUGCUCCUAAAACGGCAUGCAGCUGGCUGGUUAUUGGGGACAGUGAACCACGUGCAUGAGACCAUAUGAGCUGAAUUGUCCCACAUCUUGCCGAAAUGGCUGUAGAAGUCAGCAGUUCUAUUUAAAAUUUACUUAAAACAUGAUUUCUUCCUAUGGAAGACUGACUAAUAACUUGAGACUGUAGUAUAUUGAGGCAAGGAAUUGUGCACCUCAUCCACUUGCCACCCCUACACAUCCUGCAUAAGAUGGACGAUGAUUACACAUCUGUAUCCAUGUAUUACAUGGAAGCUACCUGCAUAGAGAGUUAAGGGCUAUUUUUCACUUCUAUGUUCACUACUUUUCACUACUUUCUUUGAUAUUUAAAGUGAUGCUUGCUGAAAUCUCUUCUUUCACCCACACUAGACUUUGUAGGCGUAAAAGCUUGUAGUUUGUUGUAUCUAAACCGUGUUGUUGAGUUUUCUUGAAGGCUGAAGGCUUUAAAUUUUGAGCAUCUGUGGGUGCUUCUCUCCUGAAACUCACAUGGAACCUCUCUUUGGUAGACAGUGCUGGUGGAGAGGAGACUCAUCAGAUUCAUCAGACUUUUAACAACACAACAAAAUUUGCACCUGUUUGUCUAGGGAAUUUCUGGUUGUUAAUAGGUGGUGUGAGAGUCCAGGCUAGGUGUUGGGUUGUUAACAGACCCUUGUCAUGUGAGUUUCACGUAAUCCGGACCAACAACUAAAAAUCGUGAGUGGGUGGGUAACAUCUUCAUGAAAACUCAAACCAUACUGGUCUGGUAAUAGAAAGUCUACGACUUUCUGAGCAUGAAGGAUUUUGAAAAGGUUUUAUUUACAUUUCGAGCCUUGAGAGUGGCAAAUUUUUACUGUUACAGCCACAUUCAAAGCCACUAGUAAUGGUGAAAGGGAGACUUACAGUGGAGUACUGCUUUAAAACAAAGAUGGCAACUCACAUGCACCAGUUUACCAGUGUCUGUGUAAUUAGAAUUGUAGACUUUGCAUAGCAAUCUGCUUUCCAUUUUAUUGUUUUUUGUUUUUUUUUUUUAAUUUUCUGAGUGCUUGAGUGUCCAACUAAAUGUAAUGGAUGACAUUAAGCACAUUAUUACUCCAACAUCUGGCACCAACACUGUAUUAUCUGACACCGUCAUGUUGUAAACAUCACAUUUAUCGUCUCUGAUGAUCAACAGUUUAUUCAUUGAGAAACUAAAUCACAGUCACAGACAUUUGACCAUAGCUUGCGUGGAUGCGUUGUUGUUAGUUUUUGUUCGUUUUAUUUUUUGUGUAGAAAAUUGAUGAUGUGAACAGACGAGAAGUACAAGCAGUUUUUGCCGGAUUUCAACAGCACUCCUGUGCCCAAAUAUUGGCCACUUACAUAAGUUUCCAUGUUUUUUUUUUUUUCUUGAUAAAGAUUGAGUGUCAUACAAAGAACAAAAAAGAAAUGCAAUACUAAAAUUAUUGAUUUAGUUUCCAAAGACUUUUCUUCACAGUUCUGCUGUUUGUUUGUAAACAAAUUGAGUACGAGACAAACAGGUGGUGAAAAUAAAUAUUAGAGGUUGAAUUUUGUCUGUAUAUAUGAGAUGUACAUUUCUAGUGUGUGCAUAAAAGUAAAAUUAAUUUAGUUUCGCUCUCUCUCUUUCUCAUACACACACACACACGUAUGUGUGUGUGUGUAUAUACAUAUAUAUAUACUGUAUGUUUUUUGAAUUAUCAAAGGGCUGGUGUGUCUUUUUCUACUUUUUGGUACUGUGUUACAAUCGGUUGUCCAUGUUUAAUUUGUAAUGUCUGUUGGCUUUAUUCGUACUACGUUUGUUAAGGAGUUCUGUUAUUAUCUUAGGUCUUUCUUGUUUGGACAUGGAUACUGGGCAUUUAUUUCACAGUUUAAUCAGUUAUUGUUGUAAGUAUGAUUGGAACACAUGGGUUAGGGUUAUGUAUACAGCAGGAAUCUAUUUCAGAGUUUGAAUUCAGUUAAAUUGGAUCAGAUGAUAGUUUUUUCUUCUUCUCUUUUACUGCAGUGCUUUGUAUUGAACUGAGAAUCUGACACAAGAAGGGAAUUUAGCUUUAGUGUAUUUGGCACCUUUGCUUAACGCAGUCGGAAUUUAAGCAACAAUGUGACAAUCUUUGUCUGUCUGAUUAUCCAAUGUAUGUGUUUAACCUUAUUUUGUGUAGACCUUUUUAAAAACUCUUUCUGCACCCAUGUAAAAAUUAAAAUGUUAUUGGCCAGCAGAAUGUUCAGUGCUGUUCAAUAUUUGCAGCCUGUUGUAGAAGUGAUUAUAUUGCUGCUAAGGGCAAAAUGUUUCAGCCUCAACCUGUGCACCUUCAUACAGGAAAUUCAACUUAAAGACGUGCAAAGUAUAAAUACUACAGAUUUCUGCAUUUUACUGUAACAGAGCAAUGGAUGCAGUGUUAGAGCAAUGGAUUUUAUGCUGAAACCUUUGUGAUCUCAUACAGGCACAGCAUAUACAGACUUUUCAGGCAGCCAUGGCCUCUGAUUCACACGGUGUACAAUUGAACAGCUUUUAGAUUAGAUCCACUACUAAGUAAAUGAAGACUUAUGGAUGUUGUUUCCUCAGGGAACUGUGACUUUGUAAAGAACAGAGAAAACAAAUAAAAUUUAAAACCCAACCUAAAUGAAAAUAUGCUCUUGAUAAAAUGUUUUAUUACUGUCCAACAAUAUAUAUGGUCUUUCAGGACAGUUUAUUUGGUGUGUCUAGUAUUUGCAGAUUCCUCACGUUAACAGGAGGCUCUCCUGGGUGUAUGCCCCCCCCCCCCCCCCUUUUUUUUUUUGUUAUUGGCAGAGAUGUACUUUUUUAAGUUUUGUAUUUUAUAAUUUAUUUUUAUUUAUUUUAAUUUCUGUUUCCCUGAGGAUUGUAUUUCAGAUUUAUCUUGAUUUCUUCCUUUGCAAUAAAUGUUCUCAAAGCA